CCGCGCCACUUCCGGUCCGCCGGGCCCUAUAUCCGGUGUCCGCCCGCCCUCCGCGCCGCCGCCGCCGCGAUGCUGUCCCGCUCUCGCUGCGUGUCCGGGGCGCUCAGCCGCUCGCUCUCCGCCUUCAGGAAGGGGAACUGCCCUCUGGGGAGACGCUCCCUGCCGGGGGUCUCCUUAUGUCAGGGACCAGGGUACCCUGACAGCAGGAAGAUUGUUGGUGGCGGCUGUCCUCCCAGCGUUCGCUUCUUCAGGACGACAGCUGUGCGCAGGGAUGAAGUGGUUACUGUCAAAACCCCGGCGUUUGCAGAAUCGGUCACUGAAGGGGAUGUCAGGUGGGAGAAAGCUGUCGGUGACACCGUUGCAGAAGACGAAGUGGUCUGUGAGAUAGAAACUGACAAGACAUCUGUGCAGGUGCCCUCACCAGCAAAUGGCGUGAUUGAAGCUCUCUUGGUGCCCGACGGGGGAAAAGUGGAAGGCGGCACUCCUCUGUUCACGCUCAGGAAAACUGGCGGUAAACAGUCUGCUUGGCAAGCUGCUCCUGCUAAAGCCAAGCCAGCCGAACCUCCUGCUGUAGCCCCCAAAGUAGAAACCACCACGUCGGCAGCCCCUCCACCCCCUGCGGCAGCCAUCCCCACUCAGAUGCCGCCGGUGCCCUCUCCCUCACAGCUUCCUGCCAGCAAACCGGUGUCUGCAGUGAAACCCACCGCUGUCCCUCUGGUAGCUGACCCAGGAGCUGGCAAAGGUCUGCGUUUAGAACACCGGGAGAAAAUGAACAGGAUGCGGCAGCGAAUUGCUCAGCGUCUGAAGGAAGCCCAGAACACCUGUGCGAUGCUGACGACGUUCAAUGAGAUCGACAUGAGUAACAUCCAGGAGAUGAGGGCUCGGCACAGAGACGGCUUUCUGAAGAAACACACCCUCAAGCUAGGCUUCAUGUCAGCGUUUGUGAAGGCGUCCGCCUACGCCCUGCAGGAGCAGCCUGUUGUCAAUGCAGUGAUCGACGACGCAGCCAAGGAGGUGGUGUACCGGGACUACAUCGACAUCAGUGUGGCCGUUGCUACCCCGCGGGGUCUGGUGGUUCCUGUCAUCCGGAAUGUGGAAGUUAUGAAUUAUGCAGAUAUUGAGCGAGCCAUCAACGAGCUGGGAGAGAAGGCCCGGAAGAACGAGCUGGCCAUUGAGGACAUGGACGGCGGGACGUUCACCAUCAGCAAUGGCGGCGUUUUCGGCUCACUGUUCGGGACGCCCAUCAUCAACCCCCCCCAGUCUGCCAUCCUGGGCAUGCACGGCAUCUUCGAUCGGCCGGUGGCCGUGGGGGGCAAGGUGGAGGUGCGGCCCAUGAUGUACGUGGCUCUGACGUACGACCAUCGGCUGAUUGACGGCAGAGAGGCAGUGACUUUUCUGCGCAAGAUCAAGGCAGCGGUGGAGGAUCCCCGAGUUCUCCUGCUGGACCUUUAGGAGGAAGCCACAUGCCCUACCAUCAGCCAUGCAGGAACUGAAAACCAGUCUCCUCCCUGUCCCCUCACUGUCCCCAGCUCACCUGGCGACAGGCACUUGCUGUUGGCCUCAGGCGAGGAACCGGGGCGCUAUGUAACCAGCAUCCGCAGGUCCUCGAUGUUCUGCCAGGCUCUCUCCCGCUCUGCACCCUUCUCGAACACUCGACGGCCUGCUUGGCCCCGAGGGGGGGAGAGAGCCUCAUGGGCGCUCACCCAUCCUCCUCCUCCCCCUCCCACCACAGCCCUCAGCAGAGAUGGCUUCGCCUCUCCCUUGUGCCAGCACCAUAGAGAAGCCGCCAGGGACCAUGUGAUUUCAGUGUGUGUCCUGUGAAAGUAGACACCUAGGAGGGUGCUGUGCCCACAGGCUCAGAGCUGCCUCUGCCCUGGCUGUGCGUUUGGACUUGUGUGGAGGGCCAGACCCCAGGCCCAGGGUCGUCGUUUAGUUACUAAAGCGGUACCUUCAACCCUCAGCUGUCGUCGACUUCAAGAUGCCUCUUCUACCUCUUCCAGGAAGCACAGGCAGGGAGACUCGGGGCAGACCCCCCAUCCCACCAUAUUUUUGUUAAUAGCAGAAACCCAGACCUGCCAUCAUGCUCAAACCAGUAACACGGUUUGGGCAGUCACACAGCUUCCAGGCCGCUAGGACCAUUGUCGCACGGCGUCCUCGCUCAGCAGACUCCGGCACGUGAGGGCAGAGGGGCCUGGCGGCCUCCAGUGCACUGGGUCAGCGGGCUGAGCUCUUAAGACCCCACUGGGAGAAGCACGCGAGACUGAGGAGGCAGUCCCGUCCUUCCUGCACUGUGGCUCUCAGGCUGAGGCCUCGGCUCUCCUUCCCCCUGCAGCACCCGGGCUGGGGGACAGUGGCCUGUGGUGGCAGCCAGCCCCACAAGCUCAUCCACCGUGGGGAGAUGACAAGGUGGACUGCCCUGGUGUUGAGCCGUGGGAGUCCCUCCGGGCGUGGUCAGUGCAGUGGUGAGGGCUGCUGGGCUGGUCGCCUCGCAGCCGAGAGCGUUCAGGCUUAAGGCUGCUGACGCGGAAGCCAACAGCCCCUCUGCCACCCUGAGAAGACCCCAGGCCUGGGGGUGAGGGCGGGAGGGAGGGAGCCAGUACUGAGCGCCUGCAGCAUCGCUAGGACUUCACUAUCAGAACUUCAAAGUAUUUAAAGAGACUGAUUUCAAAUGCAAAUUAAAGGGCAAAUCUCAAA